AUGAAUUCAAAUACCAUAUUCUUUCUUGCAUUCACAUGCUUACUUCUACUCAGUUCACAAUCAUACGGUAUGAAUAUGGUAUCAAAUGAUUGGGAAAAUGAGAAUGUUACAGACCAUUAUCUUGAAAAACGACAUGAACGGGGUGGAUGUGUUAAAUGUGCCUAUCACGUUUUCGAUUGUUGUGAACCUGAUAUUUGUGUAAAACAUCGUAUUCGUCGAAACCAUUGUAAACGAAUUAAAAGACCACAUUAG